CUCGGUUGACUGAAGCACAGCAUCUGGCAUAUUAGACAUUUGACGCUAAAAAUCUGCGUCAAGCGUCAGCAUGAAAUUGCACCUUAACAAUUCGCAUGGUAAUAUUCAGUGGUAAAAACUAUUCAUUCAUCCAAGUGUUAUUUCUCCAUGACAUCUGCAAGCUGUUUGUCAUUCAGUUGAAUAAUUAAUCAAGAUAACAUCAAUCGAUAGCAUGAGUGCUAGGAUAUAAUGCAAAUUGGAGAAAAUUUUACUAUAAUGUGCGAAAAUACUAAUUCCAAUCCUUUCGCGGGUCUCUUCUCAACCAUAAAUGAAGCUGCUUCCUUUCCUUCGCUAAGUCAGAUUGCGGUUGACGAAGGAGUUGAGACAUUGCGUGCCGAAGAAUCUAAAGAGCUGAAAAUACCUGAAGACGAGGCCUUGAUUAACGAUCUUGUUGAGAGAGUAUUUGGGUUAACUCUACACAAAGAUGCACGUGAACUCGAGUCUGGAAAAAAUUUAGUCUUCCUAGAAGAUCUAGCUUCCAGUUUAGCUCCAAAAAAUUGGCUAGAUGCAGAAUCUGUGGAACAUGCUAUUUUUGACAGGCUUAUGCUUAACGAUCCAUCAACCAAAAUAAUUAGCAAUACAGUUGGAAAAGACAAUGGCUCUUUUGAUAGUCACUUUGUGCAGACAGAAAUUGUUACAUAUUUAUUCGAAAGUUACUGUAGAUUGACACGUUACAAACAUAGCGAUCCUCGGUUAUCUAAAACGGUAGAUAGCAUUAAACGAAUCAUUAUCAGAAAUCUCGGUACUGCUCUCCAGGAACCAACUUUAUUUCAAAAUCAAAAGAUACAUGAACAAUUUGUUGCACUAUUCAUGGAUGGGGUAGGAAAAGAGCUGACAUCGAUUACAGCAGAGAUCGCUGCAGAGUUGAGUGCGGAAGAUAGAGAUGACAAUUCAAAUGGCAUUGGUGCAGCUUUUGCUCCCAUACUGAAUAAUAUUCACAAUGAAGUAGCACAGUCUAAUAUCCUUGUAUUUCGCCAAUAUUGGUUCGGACUUAUACAGACCUUUGCCUCAAUCGAAAGCCUAGCGAUGUGUCUCAUCAGCCAUAGUACUCCACAACUUGACGAAGGCAGAGCAUAUUCGGAUACACUAUUAGGAGCCUUACUAUGUCUCAGUUGUUUGCCUAAGACUACGGAAGCACCUUUCGAUUUUUUCGAUAAGCCAUUACAGCAAUCAGUGGCAUCAGCCGAAGGAAAUAUAUGGACUGCUUUGGAUGGACUGAGCAUAUCUUUGCAUAAAGUUUUUCAUACAUUGCUAAAAUGCUCAGCUGAGGUCCGACACAAGACAUUAAAAUGGAUUGCUGAUUGUCUGCAUGCAAAUGCUGGCAGAGGAAAGAUAUGGAAUACCGAUAACGAUGCCUGGGUCUCUAGAUCCCAUACUGUUUCAGAUGGAUUCAUGUUAAAUCUGAGCAGCGUAUUGCUGAGGCUAUGUCAACCUUUCUGUUCUAAGCUCAACGAUUCCAAACUACUAAGAAUUGAUCCAACCUACUGUUCCGUGGAGGCUCGAAAUGAAGAAGAAAGCAGAAGUCGCGGCCUUCAUGCGAGAGGGAUGAGUGGGGAAACUUGUUUAAUUCCCACACCAGAAGGAGAAUCACGUCCUGCUGCUGAAACUUUCGGUUUUGUUACAGAAUGCUUUUAUCUCACUCACCGAGCAUUGGACCUCGGAUACCGUGUAAUUUUGGAGAAACUCAUGAGAAUAAAUCAAGAUUUGGCUCGAAUGCAAAGGAUUUACAACGAUGCUCGAGGAGGUGGCAGCUCCGAAGUACUAGAAUCGAUAACGGUUCGAAUGGAAAUGGAAAUGACAAAAUUCUUAUCAUUCAGAGCUAGUCUCUUGGCACCAGAGAUGCUUGGUCUUGUAGCGAAAUUUCAUGCAAUGACCGCAGUCUGGCUAUUGCAGGUGAAUCUGGACUGCGUCGAUUCUGACAAAGAUGUGCAAAGUACCUAUGCACCGAAAGAAUUCAAGACAGUUACGUUUCCAUUGCCGGCUACGAUCCCAAAAACACUCAGAUGCAUUCCUGAAUUUGUGGUGGAGAACGCAGUUGGCUUUCUAUGUUUUUUGCGCCGUUUGAAUCCAAAUGCUUUUGAGGAGCAAGGCCCAAAUUUUCUGAAUCCAAUACUAACAGAGGUGAUUGCUCUGAUGGAGUCCCAGCAGCGGCUUUAUAACCCUCACCUGCGAGCAAGGUUAGCCGAAGGACUCGAAGCUCUGUUACCAUCUAACGAUGAGGCAAUUUCUCAAACAGUAGCUACUCUUGGAACGUUCCAUCGAGAGCAAUUAUUUAUUAUUCAUCCUCACAGACAUCAGAUAGUUGCAAACCUACUCCAAGUAUUUGUUGGGAUUGAGAUGACCGGUCAGAGUGUACAAUUUGAGCAAAAAUUUAAUUAUCGCAGACCUAUGUACAUAGUCAUGGAUUAUUUAUGGAAAAUUGCCGAGCAUCGAAAUAAUUUCAAGGUUUUGGCUGAAGAUGCGGAAGAUAAUAUGGAGGCAGUACAACCACCUUUAUUCUUAAGAUUCGUUAAUUUACUGAUGAACGAUGCUGUAUUUCUUCUGGACGAAGCCCUUUCAAAUAUGGCGCAACUCAAACAACUACUCCAAUCACAAGAAAGUGGCGAAUGGGAAAAAUUACCACCCGAAGAACGAAGGCAGCAGAUGAGACACCUAGCACAUAUCGGCAUGAUUGCACGGUUCGAUAACAUUUUAGGCCGAGAAACUAUACAUACUCUCGAAAUGCUCACAUCAGAGAUCACGUCCAUCUUUUGCCAUCCCACCAUGGUAGACCGCAUAGCGUCUAUGCUCAAUUACCUGUUACUACAAUUAGUGGGUCCCAAUAAAAAAAAUCUUAAGGUGAAGGACCAAAAAGAGUAUGACUUCAAACCAGCAAAUCUGGUUUUCAACAUUUGUAAAAUAUACAUAAACCUAAGUAAAAACGAAGCAUUUACUCUAGCGGUAUCUCAGGAUGGGCGUUCUUACAGGCCGGAAUUAUUCAAGCUCGCAGAUGAUGUUCUAGUACGUAUUGGAGGAGUCGGAAUUCUCGGGGAUCUUGAUCAGUUUGCUAAACGGGUGGAGGAGGUAGCGAACCAAAAAAAACAUGAGGAAGAAGUACUUUCCGGUGCACCCGAUGAAUUUUUAGAUCCUAUCAUGUCUACGCUUAUGACAGACCCUGUUAUCUUGCCGUCGUCGAAAACUGUCGUCGAUCGUCAGACCAUUGCUAGACACUUGUUGAGCGAUCAAACUGAUCCUUUCAAUCGAUCAGCUUUAACGAUGGAUAUGAUAAAAUCGGAUACCGAACUACGAUGUAAGAUUGAAGAAUGGAUUACGCAGCGGAAAAAAGAAAACAAGGCUGGAAUUAGUGACAGACCAGAAGAACUCGAAUAGAUGAGGCUGGUUUGAUGUGUUCCAAUCUGUUGAAAUGUGUCUAGUUAGCGAUGUAUUUUCGCCACUCCUUCCAUAAAAUUCGGAAAACAGACAUUUCACCAGAUUCUGAAAAUUGACCCUCGAUCGAUGUUCUGGGACUGUUACGUAUAUCCGUCAAUCUUAAUUGACCCAUCCAUUCAGAGUUUCUAUUGCUUAGAUGUGCAUUAUACUGACCAAUGGCGGAAAAAAUUCAGGAUCCAUGAUGUUGAUAUUCCAAGAAAUGAUAUCAAUCAUGGUUAAAAGCUGUAAAUAGAUUUUUAUAUCACAUGUGAUAAAUGACGGUAAUUCGUUGGUCUCAGUUGUUUGCGCGAACUUUAUUCUUCGUUUAUACUACUAUCAAUAGUUAUAAAAGCAAUAGAAUUAUAUCCUACAAACGUAGCUCAAGUUAAAUAAUUGUCAGUUUCGACCGUUUCGUCUAAGAAGUACAGUACUAGUCACGCAUUAUUUGCAUCUUACGAUCGUCAUCUUCUCGAAUUGAGCAGGACAAUGGAUACGGAAUCAAACGAUGUUCAACAUUCCAGAUAGGUGAGGUUCGACACUGUUGCUCUCCAGUUUGCUCUAAAUUUGAUGGGAUACCCCGAAGCUGUUGGUAUCAACUCUGUUUUGAUGAAAAAAUGGUCACUAGCAAAUGAUCGAUGAACCUUAUGACACCUGAAGUUAAAAUAGUGAAUAACACCUAAACCAUCAGGGACUGGAAAUAUCAGAUAUUCCGAAGUUAUUCGAGGAUUAUGUAAAUUCCAAGCACAGGAAAUAAGAGAAAUUUUAUGAAUUAGGUACAACAAUCUUCUGCACUCCUGAAUGUAGGCAAACAGGCUUAGACAGCGUUCGGACUUGUAGAUAUAGUUAUGGCAAAAGUGUUCGAAUUUUGUAUGUGUAUCGUAGUAAUCAUGUGAAUAACUAAGAUCAAAAACAUAACCGCGUACAACGCAAUACAUCAGACGUUUGUGUACAUUUAAAAAGAUGACGUCAAACGGGCCUGCAUAUGCGCCAAUAAAUUAUUGUUGAUUCAUUACA